AUGAGAAGCGCCGCACACAAAACGGCACCGACGUCGCACAUUGAGCGCGAACACCUCGAGUACCUCAAAUAUGACGCCGCAGCCCCGAUUUCGGAGCAGAAUCUGUUCAUGCCCAUGUCUCACGCAGUGUACGGUUGGCCGACCUGGAUUACGUCGUCGCUGUUGCCCUUCAACUUUUGUGAAAACGACAUGGCUCGCCGCUACUCGAACCUUGGUCCCAUCAGCAACAAGACGCUCAUGAAAUGGAUGCACCAAAUGUGUCGUUGGUUGGAAGCGAAGCUAACGAAGACCUUGCCCGAGUCGUUUGCAUGUGUAUUUGAUGCCUGGACAAGUGGGUCGACACAUUACGUGGCGGUCUUUGCGUCGUUCCCAAGUGAUUCGUUGCGUGAAUACAAGAAUGUGUUGCUCGAAUUGUUGCCGAUAAACGACGAAGAUUCAUUAGAGAGUGGCAGCGCCCAGAUUUGCGUUUUGCGACUGUCCACUUCCGUGAAAUUCAUCCCGUCGUUCAGUGUGGCUGAUGGUUCUGACGCAAAUCGAGCUCCACCAGCUCCUGCCCUUGGCCCGUACAAGUCAACAACGCCGACGUAUCCUCCUGCUGUGUGCCCUGGCCUAUGUGGAACGUCCUCUUGUACCGGACAUAAGAUUCAAUCUCAACCGUGUGCCCGAUACAAUGCUCGUCUUGACUUUCGUUUUGACGUUGCUGGAAUAAAGCGCCUGGGAUACCUGCUCGGACUACCUGACGUUGUCAUAACCACACAACGCUAUCGUGUCAACCGGGACGAGGCAAUGUGCAUUGUCCUGGGACGCCUGGUGUUUCCGACGCGCCUGCACACGAUGUCUCGCACGCUUGGCUUUGGCAACAAGUCCCCAAACCUUCAUGACUUCGCCAUUCUUUGCUUCGAACGGUCUCUCCGCGUUUACCUGCCGAAGCAGCAUGAUAUCUUCUUGUUCCGUGUACAGGCGGCGCUUGUUGGGUGUUUACAUGACGGGUCCAAUCGGAUUUUGCUGCUGCCACCACUCAAACCCGCCUUGCAGCCUUCCUGGAGUUUUUUCGACUUUGUCCUCGAUGUGUACGGCAAACAGCACCGGAAUAUGGUGACCUUGAUCGGCGAUAAUUGCACCACGAACCGUGCAUUUGCUCGCUUAGCUGGCAUCCCUAUGGUGGGUUGUGCCUCUCAUCGGUUCAACUUGUUCGUCGGUGAUGUUCUAGCCGACUAUGAGGACCUGCUGUGUGCUGCACACGCCAUCACGAAGAAGCUGUAG